AAUGUAUGCGAUUUCAACUGCAACACCAACAACCUCAACCACGUCAUAUCAUCUCGCCGGUGUUCGAUAACAACUCCUCGAAUUUUCUUUUUUCCUUCAACUUACUUGGUUCUGUUCAGGCCGCUGGUCUCUCCACAAGUCCAGCACCAUGUCAGACCGAGAAUUCAAUAGCAAUGACGACUUAUCUCUUCCCAAAGCCACCGUCCAAAAAAUUGUCACGGAAAUCCUUCCACCGUCGUCAGGCUUGGCAUUUGGCAAAGAUGCACGAGACCUUUUAAUUGAAUGCUGUGUUGAAUUCAUUACCUUGAUCUCAUCUGAAGCAAAUGAGAUCAGUGAGAAGGAAAGCAAGAAAACCAUUGCUUGUGAGCAUAUCACAAAGGCACUGGAACAGUUGGGGUUUGGAGAAUACGUGCCGGAUAUUAUGGAGGUUGCUAGUGAACACAAAGAGCAACUGAAGGGACGAGAGAAAAAGGCAAAUAAACUUGAACAAAGCGGCUUGUCAACAGAGCAACUUCUCGCAAUGCAAGAAGAAGCCUUUAGAGAUGCAGCGCAACGCCAUGGAUGAUAUGUUUUUGGAGGGUUCUUUUGCGUGGGCUCUUUUGUUUUCACUGCGUGCAUGGUUUCUCGAGUUAGGGUUGGCAUGGAUGGUGGCGUUGGGCUUUCCCUCAUUCCCAAGAGGGCUUUGAUGUGGAGAAUGUCUCUAAGCAUAGAAGAUGCCAAUGAACAUCACUCUCAUCUUUCCAUCAUACUUUGGUCUAGCACUGCUCACAUAGUUCAGGCAUAUUUGACCUUGAUCCCAC